GAGACAAAAUCAAUAUACAAAUCUAGUACAAGCAACCAUUCAAGUUUCCAACAAACUUCACCGGUCAUCCGCACGGCCUCUUCAAAUCUGUGUCAGCUUCAUUAACUAAUCACCGCCAAAUCAGAUCAACCUUCUCAGAUGGGUAAGUUUAAGGUCAUGAAACCGGUGAACGAGGUUGAUGUCUCUUGUGUCAAAUAUAAAGAAGAAGACAUCAAAGCCCCUCAUUUGACUGGCUUCUUGUUCAAGUUGUUUGUUAAGAUGCUUGAAGCACCACUUAUAGGCUCAUUGAUUGUAGAGACAUUGAAGAAGAACAAUGGCAUGACCCAGAUUUUUCGCAACACAGUGAUACCAGAAGAGCCCAUGUUUAGACCUGUGUUCCCAUCUCAAAAACCGGAGGUUGAUGUUGUCCUUGUUGGAGAAGAUGAAAGCCCUCUAAACAGAUUAGAAACAGCCUUGAAGUGUCUUCCUCAGUAUGAUCCUUCUCUUAGCUUCCAAGCAGAUUCAGGCUCAUCCUUUCGUUACUGGAAGAUACGUGAUUACGCUUAUGCUUAUAGAUCUAAGCUAACAACUCCAUCUGUGGUAGCAGAACAAAUAAUCUCAAUCAUAGAGGAGUUUAAGUAUGACAAGUCUCCAACACCGUUUUUGAUUAGCUUUGAUGCUAAUGAAGUCAGAAAGCAAGCUGAAGCUUCUACACAUAGGUUUGAACAAGGACAUCCAAUAUCCAUUUUAGAUGGAGUUUUUAUAACAAUCAAGGAUGAUAUUGACUGUUUACCGCAUACCACAACGGGUGGAACAACAUGGCUACAUGAAGAGCGUUCUGUAGAGAAGGACUCAGUGGUUGUUUCAAGACUUCGAAGUUGUGGUGCAAUCUUACUUGGGAAGGCUAAUAUGCAUGAGUUAGGAAUGGGGACUUCAGGGAACAAUUCAAAUUAUGGAACAACAAGAAACCCACAUGCACCUGAAAGGUACACAGGCGGAUCUUCUUCAGGUUCAGCAGCUAUUGUAGCCUCUGGACUAUGUCCAGCUGCUUUAGGAACAGAUGGUGGAGGUUCUGUUCGCAUCCCUGCAUCACUCUGUGGUGUAACUGGACUGAAAACAACAUAUGGUCGGACAGAUAUGACGGGGUCACUAUGUGCAGGUGGAACAGUGGAAGUUGUUAGUCCACUUGCUUCAUCCCUAGAAGAUACUCUAUUGGUGUAUGCAGUGAUAUUGGGCUCUUCAUCUGCAGAUAGACUUAACUUGAACCCGACACCACCAUGUCUUCCCAAGUUAUUAUCUCACAAUGGAGGCAAUGCUAUUGGAUCUCUAAGGCUAGGGAAAUAUACAACGUGGUUUAAUGAUGUUCAUUCAAGUGACAUCUCUGACAAAUGUGAAGAUAUUCUUAAGCUCUUAUCGAACAAUCAUGGUUGCCAAGUAGUGGAAAUAGUGGUUCCUGAACUGGAAGAAAUGCGUGCAGCUCAUGUUGUGUCGAUUGGGUCUGCAACACUGUGUUCUCUUACUCCUUACUGUGAGGCUGGGAAAAAUCCAAAGUUAUCUUAUGAUACUCGUACUAGCUUUGCGAUCUUCAAGUCAUUCUCUGCUUCAGACUAUAUUGCUGCUCAGUGUCUUAGGAGAAGGUUGAUGGAGUAUCACUUGGAUAUUUUCAAAAACGUUGAUGUUAUUGUGACGCCUACAUGUGGUAUGACGGCUCCUUUGAUACCCCCUGAGGCUGUGAAAAAUGGAGAAACCAAUUUUCAAGUGGCAGCUUAUCUAAUGCGGUUUGUUGUAGCUGCAAAUCUCCUGGGCUUCCCUGCCAUAUCUGUCCCUGUUGGGUAUGAUAAGGAAGGGAUGCCAAUAGGAUUACAAAUAAUGGGAAGACCUUGGGCUGAAGCUACCGUCCUUGCUUUAGCUGCUGCUGUUGAGGAGCUGGCUCCAGUUACCAAGAAACCUGCUAUUUUUCACGAUGUUCUCAAUACCAACAGAAUCCAUAAGGAAAAGUGAAAAGGCAAAGAGUUUCUCUCUGAAUGGGAUAUUUGUCUGUGGUUACAUUUUGAUUAAUUGUGUUUAUUUUUCAGGUUAAACAUGAUAUAUUUUAUAAGAUAAGUGGGGGUGUUCUUGUAUUUACCUCGUACAUUGACUAUGACUCAUUAUUAUAAAUCUCAGUUAUACAAGUGUGAAUAAAUGUUGCAUCUCUAAGAAGAUACCAGAAGGCACCA